CUGACACCAUGGAUGAAGCUGUAUGGUGGUUUCCUCAUGCCUCCCAGGGAGCUCUGCUGUAGGAUGCAUGCCUGUGUCUCCAUUUGGAUGCUCCCACAGAUGAUUUCCCACCUCUGCUUUCUCAUCCUGUCCAGCUUGGCAGUCUCAUCCCAACUACUGGGUUUGGAGGAUGUUUUCUUUAGUCCGCAGGACCAGACAGUCAGAGAAGGAGAGGGAGUUUUCUUCCAGUGUGUGUCAGGGGAGAGUUCACCUCCUGCAAGCGUCACCUGGCUCAAAGAUGGGACACUGGUCACAAGAGGUAGACAGAUUCAGGGUGAGUAUGGAGGUGGUAAACAGAAGAAGACCUCAAGCACUCUGCAUCUUUUCAACGUAACAUUAGAGGAUGAUGGGAUGUACAUUUGUGUCACACACAAUCCUUUACUGAACAUCAGCAAGAGGAGCAAGCCAGCUAAACUAACUGUGCAGGGGGUCCCUAGAAGGCUGCAGAUCAUCCAGGGUCCCGUCAACAUCACUGUUGCUAUAGGAACAGAGGUCUACAUGCACUGCACUGUUCGUGGCUUCCCUGUUCCCAUGGUGCACUGGUUCAAAGACGACUGCCUCCUGACAAACUGCUCAGCCUCGUUCAGCCUUCAGAACAAUGGACAGCUGCUCACAUUCAGGAAUGUGACCAAGGAGGAUGAGGGCUCGUAUCACUGUGAAGCAUCCAACCAGAAAGAGUCAAUCAAGUCGCAGCCAGCCUUCCUUCUUCCAGCCG